UUACAGAUUACUGAUAACACAGCCCGGAGGUGUGUUUCAGAAAUAAUUUGCAAACUUGAUCUCAGGUGUGUACCAGUAAAACGUCAUUUUGGAGGUCCUUUGGAAGAGCAACAUGUUUUCUAAACUGGUGAUAGUUUCCCUAUGCGUGAUGGCUCUCAGCAUCAAUGUGGAAGGUACAUGUGACGAAAAUGCCUGCUCCUCAGAAACGAAGAAUUACCUACGACUUUUAUCAAAGGAUGGUUUAUCUAGCCAGGAGGUGUGCCCGGUUGCCUUCGCACUUAUUGACUGUCAAAAAGGAGUCAUCAAAAAUUGCGGAAUGGAUUCAUCUUUACUCGAUCCUUUGAAGAGUUAUUUUGAGCAGAACGGCUGCAAUUCAGCCGAAAAACUUUUCGUCUUCAGUCCAUUCCUACUCCUACUUCUCCUUUUGGCCAAGUCAGUUAACUAAAUAGAUUCGGUAUUCUGAACAUACACUGAACAUGCAUGUACUUGUCCUUUGUAAGUUUCAGAGAUAAGUGAUCUUUAUGUAUAACAUAAGUAUAAAAUAGAUAAGCUCUAAAUUGGAUAAUCUAUCAAUGUGGAAGUGAAAGUAAGAAAAUCAAUUUUACCUAGUAGCAGUCUAUCACCUGUUCCUGCUUUGUUAGAAAGUUGACUUGAUUGUGUUGCUACAAUACUCGAUGUUGUGAAACCUCGAUGGUAAAGACACAAUUGAUCCGGAAAUCCUGCAGUCUGGAAAAAUACAUUCGAGUUCAACUGUGGAAUAUACUAAUCCGGACCAUUUUUAUAGUGAACGGUAUUGACAGGAUCAAACGGAAUCACAUACAAAAUGGCUACAAAUUUUGUUUUGUUUGUUUGUUGUUUAACGCCGCACUCAGAAAUAUUACAGCUCUAUGACAGCGGUCUGUAAAAUAAUCGAGUCUGGACCAGAUAAUCCAGUGAUUGACAUCAUGAGCA